AUGAGAUUGCUCUUUGACGGACACUGGACAAGGGCUAGAACGGGACAUGCAGCCAUCCUAAGGGACAGGGGACUCGACAGAUUCCUAACCCAAGGAGGAGACAUGAGCCCUCGAAGCUACCACUUCAGACGUCAAUAUAAGGUCCUUAUCCCAAGUAGGCAGGAAUGGGACGAGGAAAACAAGAGCAUCCUGUCCCCCAUAGGGCUAGUCUGGUAUACGGACGGCUCAAAAACGGACAAAGGGGCAGGAGCUGGAAUUUAUAGCAGUGGACCGAAAACAGAAAUCUCUCUGCGGCUAGGGGACACUGCUUCGGUUUUCCAGACAGAGGUAUACGCGAUCUGGGCCUGUGUAGAGCACAUUUCUAAGCUCAACCACAGGAACAAGCACGUAUACAUCUGCAGCGAUAGUUGCGCUGCGCUCAGGGCACUAGAACAAACUGAAGUGUCCUCGAGACUAGUGCGAAAAUGCAUAGACUCCCUAAAUGAAUUAGCAGAGUAUAACAAAGUCAAACUACUGUGGGUACCGGGCCAUAGCGGGAACGCAGGAAAUGACAAAGCAAAUGAGCUGGCGAAAGCGGGAGCUCGUAACAAGAUCCCUGAACCAGUAAUCAGCAUAGCGGUGCCUUUUAGUCUCAUAAAGCAACACGCUUCCCUAUGGACUAACGACAAGUUUCAGGAAGUGUGGGCAGAGGCAAAAGGCAUGAUGCAUACGAGGGCACUUUUUAAAGGACCCUCCAAGACAUUAGGCUUGUCCUUGAUAGGGCUCGACAAGAAGCUGCUAAGGCUAACUGUCGGGUAUAUCACAGGACACUGGCUAACCGGCAGGCAUCUGAGACGCCUAGGCAUCUCAGAUCACUCGAUGUGCCCCAGAUGCCUAUCGGAGGAGGAAACUCCUCUACAUCUAAUCCUCCAUUGCAGAAAACUGGCAACAGCCCGAAAGGACAUACUAGGAUUCUGCGAUGGAGAGUCUAUUGAUAUACAGGAGAUUGGCGUGGGACAGUUGCUUCACUUCUUGAAGCAGACAGGCCUGGCCAAUCUCCAAGAUAUAUAA